UUAUGCUCUGCUCGAGAUGGUGAGCAAGAGGCAGAGGCUUGCAAAGAAGCGCUUUCAUGGCGAUUCCGAUGAAGCCCAAGUUUCAGAGGAGGAACCCAAGAAGGUGGUGCCAGUCGCAGCAACGUCCAAACAGCAGCUCAAGAAGAAACCAAAGAAGUUGAAGACGCAUCCUCUUCGAGUUCCUGGAAUGAAGCCUGGGGAAGGAUGUUACAUUUGCAAGGGAAAGGACCACAUUGCGAAGACGUGUCCGAAGAAAACAGAGUCUGAAAGCAAGAAGGUGUGUCUUCUAUGCCGAGAGCGUGGGCACACUCUCAAGCAUUGCCCAGCUGGAGAUGUCAAGGACAAGGAAGCUAAGUUUUGCUAUAACUGUGGUGAAACAGGACACAGAUUAGCUCAUUGUUCGCAACCUCUCAAGGAAGGGGGUACUUCGUUCGCAGAUUGUUUCCUCUGCAAGAAGAAGGGUCACAUAAGCAAGAAUUGUCCAAGCAACACUCGUGGAAUCUAUCCAAAGGGUGGAUGCUGCAAGUUAUGCGGCGAGGUCACUCAUCUAGCCAGGGAUUGCCCGACGAAAACCAAGGCACAGAAGCCUAGAUUAAAAAUAAGCAAGGAUGUGGCCCAAAGCGGCGAGAAGCGUAUUGUUUUUAAAAGCGGCGAUGAUCUCGAGGACGACUUUGGAGAACUAGAAGCAUAGUCGCCCUCAACUGCACACACAUGUGAACGUGAAAAAGCAGCACCCUCGAAUGGAGGUUCGAUUUUCGAGAGGGUUCUCCUGUUCCAUGAAGCGAGCAGCGUGUCCCUUCUUCAUGCCGUACCGGGUGCUCAAGACGAACGAGCUGCCCCUGCGGAGAUCGGCCAAAGUCUUUCCAGUUGCCUCCAAGGCGUCUGCGUACUGGAAAAGCCCGCGAUCAUCUAAGAAAGCUCUCAGCUCCAAGGCAUUCUGCAACGACAUCGUGAAUUGGGUAGGCCAAGUUGAUGCUUUGUACUUACUUGCUGCUGUUUAGUGAGACCGAGAGAUUUCAUAUCGUUCUUGGUCAUGGACUUGAGCGAGUGGACGUCGUCGUAGCCAUUUGUGGUGAAGACCUUACUGCUUCCCGCGAGAACACCGUUGCCAAGUGUUUCAUACUCUUCAAAGUCGCUUGUAGUGCUUAGCUCACCUUGAGAUUUCUUAAAGGUAUUUGCGAGAACGAUUCUAAGCAGCUGUAUCGGGAUGAUCUCAGCUGCAAACAGGUAACAUUAAUAUUGUUGUCAACCUUGGACUUACUUGCUCGUUAUCCCUCUUGAUCCUCGAUUUGAGAGAUUGGAUGUCUUCGUAGCCUUCUCAAAAUCCUUCACUUUGGAAUGCAAGUAAGCCGAAUAAACUCGUUCCUUUUUUAUUUUAAACAGGCCAAGGUGAAAGCUAGUGACAGGAUUUUCCACAGAGUGGCACAAACUUGGUUACAUUGACGCAGCCCUUCUGGAGCUCUUGGCUGCACAGGCAUGGCAGAGGAAAUCGCAAGAGGCUCGAGCAGCACUCGUUCAACACGCCGCUCCUCAAGCUCCCGAAAACCUCUCGCUGGUUUUGGGACGAAAGCGAGCGCAGUGCCUUGACAAUCCUCUUGGAGCAUCCAGAAGCCUCGGCCGAGACACUCUUACCAUCACACAUUGUGGAGCGAUCAUCACGGGCAUACCCAUAGCUUACCAGCGCCGCAGCCACCACCACCACCACCACCACCGUCCUCAACAUCAUCAUCAUUAUCUCUCUCUCUCUCUCUCUCUCUCUUACUCACUCAGUUUGAGCAUCCACAUUUUUUUCUUCCUUUCCUAUUGUUCCUGCCAGAACACUUGGCGCGCACUCUCUGAGCAUUCACAUUUUUUCUUCCUUUUCUAUUGUUCCACCCAGGAAUUGGCGAACACUUGGAGCGCUCUGCGUGACACAUGUCCGAGAAGAGAGAUAAGCUUCUCCCCUCUUUUCUCAUUUCUUCUUUCACUUGUUGGCAUCGCAUCGCAGUGCCUAGAGUUUGGAGAUGAAGAGUGUGUUCUCCAUCCUUCUCGUCUUAGGCUUGACUGUUCUCCUUGCGGAUGCGCAAGGGAGGGACUGCAACAAGGCGGAGAUCGUCGACCUGGCAACACGGUGCUCCAAUGGCUUACUUGGCGCGCUCGAGCCGCUACCACGCGUGAUUGGUCCGACCACUGAUCUGUGGCCCGCAUUCCAGUUGGUUGGCCGCCUCCUCCAGAGCUGCUGUGGCACUUUAGUGGUGAGUUACAACACGAGCUGCUUGUGUUCUCCUAGCGUCUCUUCCGGCAAUCGCUGCGUGGAUGUGAAGAGCUGGGUAAAUCUGUGUGGGAGAGAGUGUUAGUUAGCUUGGAGCUAUGGUGUGACUCCAUUGCAAGAAAAAUAAUUUUAAGAAAACAUACACACUCAUAUGGAA